UUCAUCGUUUCAUUCCUUUUCGUUUCAUUUAUUUAUGGAAAAAUAUAGUGAUAGAUAAAAAGAGAAAGAGAGAGAAAGAACGAAAUAAAGUGAGAUACAUAGAUAGAUAAAUAGAUAAAUAGAAAAUAUCUCAAGCGAGUAUGCGUUUUGUAAUACAAAUAGAUGAAAAACUAAGGAAUAAUCAAUCGAGAAGACGUUAGUGCUCGCAAAAUUUCCAUUUAUCAUAUCUCGUCAACUCGACGACGGUGGCGCAAAAUAGCGGUGAUAUUAAAAUAUAAAACGGGUGGUGUGUUUUAACGCGACUUUUACAAGUAAGUGUACUCUAAUCUUUGUUUUCGCUGUUCGAUGACAACUAUAUACAUUAUUAACAACAAGAGACACGCUGUACAUUACAAAAUCGUAGAUUAAAAAUUAUUACGAAAUACAAUAUAUCGCGCGCGCGCGCGCGCGCUAUGAUCGGAUGCAUUGUCGUUGUGACAUCUUGAAGAAAAAGAAAAAGAGAAAAUAAGUGUCUCGUGCAGAUAUGCACCUACAGGAUUAUCUCGUCGUAGAAGGCAAGAACGGGGAAAACGCGAGGCAACAACGUGUUUAUUCGAUCAACAGGAUCGAUCAAGAAGAAUAUCUUCUUGAUUCGUCGUCUCCAUUGAUAAGAUCUACGAUGAACGUUAUUGGAAGCACACGAGAAUCUUGUUGGACCACUAUUAGUACUACUACUACUACUACUACGACUACUACUAAUGCUACUGCUACUACUAAUCAUCAUUCCUCGCAAGUGGAUAAUAAUAUUGGAUCAUCCUCGCCAUUUUUAUCUAAUUCCGUUAAUUCUUGCAAUAAGAAAAAUGAUUGGGAAGAAUUAUCCGUUGCGAUACAAUAUUCCGAUCAACGUUCGGACUCAUUGAGCAAUAACAAUAGUAACGAAGUAAACAAUUGGGCCAACGAGAUUACGAGAAAUGGUGAUUAUUAUGAAGACAAAACUAAUGGAAGGCAAAGAUUGCCAUCGGUGGGAACGGCAUUCUCAUUUUCACGAGCUUUCGUAUAUCCUGAUUAUCAGGAUUAUCAGGAUUAUCAAGAGACAACAAGCACGAAUUUAAUUAACUCGAUCAGUCCACAUCAUCAGAACGAAGAGUUUCAAGAAUUUGGUAACGCCAUGCAAAUUGCUACAAAUGAAUUUGAUUUGAGUUUGAUCCGAGGUGAUCCAACUUCUUUGCUGGCCAACGUUGAUUCAUCGUCAUCUUCGGCUUCAACUUAUUUGGAAGAAUUACAAGAUCCGUUUCAAAACGUUGAUGGGCUUUGUUAUGCUGUUGGUCAUUUGGUGUCUUCGCAAUCGAGUACGUUGUCCUCGGCGAACUUUAAUCAGGAAAAUGUGGUUAAAGAAAAUUUUGGUAAUCAGGUGGUCUUACCGCAAAACGAAGGAUUGCUUCUUGCCGAUCAACGUGUACCAAGAUCUGACGUAAUAUCGAAGAACGAAGUUAACGACAGAUCAUCCUACGAUCGUGGGACUUUGGUAGAAGAAAAUAAUUUUACGUCGACUUACCAAUGUCGAUGGAUAGAUUGUGGAAGUGCAUUUACGGAACAAGAAAGUCUCGUGAGACAUAUAGAGAGGCGGCACGUAGAAUCAUCCUCUUCUAACGCACAUGGUCACGGACGACGUGUACAGAGGGACAGAGACAAGGAAAAGGACAGAGACGGUGACAAUUCAUUCUUAGGACAAACGAGUGCAGCGACAACUGGUCAAGAUGAAUUUGCUUGUCUUUGGCAAGGUUGUCCUCGUGCUAGACCAUUCAACGCUAGGUACAAAUUACUCAUACAUAUGCGAGUGCACAGUGGGGAGAAGCCAAAUAAAUGUCCUUUUGCUGGUUGUAAAAAAGCAUUUUCUCGACUUGAAAAUUUGAAAAUUCAUCAAAGAUCGCAUACUGGCGAGAAACCUUACGCGUGUCAGCAUCGUGGUUGCUCGAAAGCUUUCAGUAAUAGUAGCGAUCGAGCUAAACAUCAGAGGACUCAUUAUGAUACGAAACCUUACGCUUGUCAAGUAAGUGGAUGUGGUAAACGUUACACGGAUCCAUCGAGUUUAAGAAAACAUGCAAAAAAUCACGCGGAACCAACAACCCCAUUAUUGACAUUACCAACGACCACGUUGGAUAAUAAAAUAUCUAUUGGUUAUAAUAAUUCAUCGAACGCAAUUACGGAACAUCGUAAAGAGACAACGUUUGACGUAGCAAAAGUACAUCAAAUACGACAAGCAAGCAGUUCGCCAAUCUCAACAAAUUACAGAUCAUUCAAAAAUUCGGAAUCUUGUCGAGAUGAUGACAUUGAUUUACUUUAUACUAAUUUGUACGAAAGUGAAAGAAUACCUUCCGUUUCUUUUGAUAGCAAUCAUCAAGAAUAUGUGCCGAUAGAAUACAUGAAACGUUUUCUCAUCGAAGACAUAAAUAAUACUCAAAAUGAUUGUAACAAUACUGGCGGAUAUGGUACGAUCGACUACGUUCCUGAUUUUCAAGAACUUGGUUCUGACAUAGAACAAGAAUUUCUUGAAUUGAGUAAUCUCAACGAUACCGUAUUUAUCGACGUUUAAUGUUUCAUAUUUUAUUUUUUAAUAUAAUUGUAUUUUUUUAUAUUGAUAUAUAUAUAUAUAUAACAAAAGAUCUUUUUAUUUUAUUUUAUUAUUAUUAUUAUUGUUGUAUAAAAGCAAACACGCGUAUUUGCACAAACCCGAUUUCGUGCCGCAUUUACCAAAGACUUUUGUUUUUCUUUUUAUUAUUAUCAUUAUUUUUUAAUAAUAUAAUAGCAGUAGUAAUAGUAUUAAUACUAAUAAUAAUAAUAAUAACGUAUAUAAUUUUUCGUCGUAUAUAUACAAGACGAGAUAAACGUCGCUUUCUCCAGAGAUUCGUUUAUGUAAGUAAUUUGUUCGUACUUUGCACAGCUGUACAAAUUAUAGCUAGAAUAUAGCUGAUAUUUUAAUAUAAUUUUUUAAUCGUUAUCAAAAUGAAUGAAGUUAACCAAGGAAGAAUGAGCUUUUGUGU